GGAAGGCAAGAGAGCCGCUGUGUGGGCAAAUUUAUAUACUGUACACUUUUGAUAAAAGCCAAUGGCUUGCUUUUCCAGAUCCUAAAGAGCUGUGAGUUAAGACCUUGAAUUCGGGGACACCGGGUGGCUCAGUCAGGAAAACCAGCUGCCAUGUGAGCUGCCCUGUUGAGAAGUCGACAUAGCGAGGAACUGAGGGAGAUGUCCAGCCAAUAGCCAGCAAGGAACUGAAUCCCUCAGUCCGACAACCCUUGAGCAACCACGACCUGCUAAGAACCAUGUGAGUGACUCUGGGAGCAGAUUCCUCCCCCCAGCCCCAAGGUGGAGAUAACUAUAACGUUCUCAGAGACUGAACCAGAGGACUCAGCUAAGCUGCACCCAGAUUGCCAACCCACAGACACUAAAGGCAUUGAAGGAAACUGUCAAAACACCAAGCGACCAUGACUGCUAAGAUAGCUAAACACAGCUUUCACAUAACAAAUAGCACAGACUUGCCAAAAAUAGUUUAGAGAAGUCAGUAAAAAAGCAAACAAUAACAACCCACAAACAAGCAGCAGCAGAAACCCCGAGGAGGAGGAAACAUCUGAUUUUCAGAACUGUCACUGCAAUAUUCAAAAUUUCCAGUUUUCAACCAAAAAAUUACAGAGCAUGCAAACAAAAAAAUAUCACAGGGGAAAAAAUCACAAGUGUCCAUAAGGAUGGUCAGGCAUUGGACUUACUAGACAAAGACAUGAAAUCAACUCUCUUAAAUAUGCUCAAAGAGCUAAAGGAAGUCACAGGGAAAGAACUAAAGGAACCAGGAAAACACCAUCUCACCAGAUACAGAACAUCAGUAAAGAGAUAGAAAUUGUAAAAAUGAACCAAACAGAAACUGUGGAGAUUAAAAGUACAAUAAUUGAAAUGAAAACUAACUGGAGGGUUUCAAUGGUAGAUUUAAGCUGGCAGAAGAAUUAGGGAACUUGAAGAUAGAUCCAUUAAGAUCAUCCAGUUUAAGAAGAAAAGAGAGAAAAGAAUAAAAAAAUAAAUAAACCAUACUUAAGACCCCUAUGAGAUACUAUCAAGUACCAACAUAUACAUAACAGGAGUCCCAGAGGGAGACGAGAGGAAGAAACUAAAAGAAUGUUUGAAGAAAUAAUGCCCCAAACUUCCCAAAUUAAAUGAAAAUCAUGAAUCUAAAUAUCCAAGAAGUUCAUUGAGCUAAACACCAAAAAAGUCAAUAAUAAUAAAAAUAGAGAAACAUAUACUGGCCUGCAUCUUAACACAUAAAUGUGCACAGUAAGUAUUUGUUGGAUCGAUUUACAAAGGUUGUUGAAGGUCACUAUUGCCCAUGUGAUCUGCCCCAACCUAGUUUAAAUCAUUGUAUUCACUGGCUGAUCAUGUGUAUGUAAACAAGAAUGACAGUCCCAGGAAGAGGGCAAGUGAAUUAUAGGCAAAUUUCAGCACACUUUCACCAUGCUGAACACAGUUACCUUUGAGGUCACCAGGUCCAAAGCUCACAUUUUAUACACAGCACAAUCCUUUGGAGGAAGACUGUAUUAAACAUUUGUUGGUUGUUUCUCUACCCACUACUUCUUUCCUUUCCCUUAACAAUCUCCAGAUUCUGCCCAGAUGAGAUUAACUCCAAAUCUUAAUUUAGAAAUGGCUUCUAGUUGUCUGCAGGUGAUCAAUCUUUUAUUUCCACUUUGACCAUCAUGAUUGGCUUAGUGAUGGAUCCAUGAAGCAAGAAAGGCAGUGGAGACCAAAAAGACCAUUUCUAGGUUGCUGUGUGAGCAAUAGGUAAGUAAAAAUCUCUUUUUUGUUGAGUUUGUAUCUGGAACCAUGUCACUCCAAGGACCAGCCACCAUCUUUUAACAAUAAGGGGCGAGCGAGUCUGCUGAGAGAGCGAGGAGGCAGAGACAUGGACUGGAAGGUAAGAAACUGGUUCUGGGCCAUAUCACUUGUUCUUCUGGUCCAGUGUUUUCCAAACUUAACUAGGUAGUAAAAUCCCAGAUGCCUUCUCAGUUGUGCUGCAUCAGAAUGCCCAGGCAAGUCCUGGGAAACUGCUGUAUUCUCACGUGAAGCUAGCCCUAAUGUUGAAGCUUUCAGAAAUAUGAGCCAAUAAAUGUCCUUUAUAAUUUUGAGAUCAGCCUGUUACUUGCCUGGGAAAGCAUCCUAACUGGUAGAAGCCAUCUAGAUUUGUUUCUUUUGGGGUUUUCCCUCUUUUCUUUAUAGAGAAGUAAGCAUCAGCUCUCAGUGGGUUAUGUUAUUUACAUGCCUCUGAUAAAGUUCAAAGGACAACCUCAGGCUUUUCAAAACAACUUGAAAAAAAAAAACAGGUUGAGAAAUACAUCUGCUAAUCUCUCUUCCCUCCCACUGCUCCUCCCUCUGGCUCUCCUUUCUUUGAUUAACGAGGCCCUAGAAGAUCUUUUCAAAAAGACUUCUCUAGAGGCAUCCAGAAUCACUCCUAAAAACUUGAAACACAGACUCUCUCCAGGAUGUACCUCAGCCCUGCAAAUCACUGCAUUCCUCUAAGUGAUGGAAACAGCAUUCCUGUCAUCGGUCUUGGGACCUACUCAGAACCUAAACUGACCCCUAAGGGGACCUGUGCGAAGUCGGUGAAGAUUGCCAUUGACACAGGGUACCGGCAUAUUGACGGGGCCUAUAUCUAUCAGAAUGAGCAUGAAGUGGGGGAGGCCAUCAGGGAGAAGAUUGCAGAAGGAAAGGUGCGGAGGGAGGAUAUUUUCUACUGUGGAAAGCUGUGGGCUACAAGGCAUGUCCCAGAGAUGGUCCGCCCAACCCUAGAGAAGACCCUUAAUGUCCUCCAGCUAGAUUAUGUGGAUCUUUACAUCAUUGAAAUACCCAUGGCUUUCAAGCCUGGAGAUGAAAUCUAUCCUAAAGAUGAGAAUGGCAAAUGGUUAUAUCACAAGUCAAAUCUGUGUGCCACUUGGGAGGCUUUGGAAGCUUGCAAAGAUGCUGGCUUGGUGAAAUCUCUUGGAGUAUCCAAUUUUAACCGCAGGCAGCUGGAGCUCAUCUUGAACAAACCAGGACUCAAAUAUAAGCCAGUCAGCAACCAGGUUGAGUGCCAUCCGUAUUUCACCCAGCCAAAACUCUUGAAAUUUUGCCAACAACAUGACAUUGUCAUUAUUGCAUACAGCCCUUUGGGGACCUCUAGGAAUCCAACCUGGGUGAAUGUAUCUUCCCCACCUUUGCUCAAGGACAAACUUCUAAAUGCCCUGGGACAAAAGUACAAGAAGACAGCAGCUCAAGUUGUUUUGCGUUUCAACAUCCAGAGAGGAGUGGUUGUUAUUCCUAAAAGCUUUAACCCUGAAAGGAUCAAAGAAAACUUUCAAAUCUUUGACUUUUCUCUCACUGAAGAAGAAAUGAAGGACAUUGAGGCCUUGAAUAAAAAUGUCCGCUUUGUGGAGAUGCUUAUGUGGAGUGAUCAUCCUGAAUACCCAUUUCAUGAUGAAUACUGACUUCAGAAUGCUCCCGAACUGAUUUUUCCCUCCUAUGCAUGCCAGAACCUUCGGUUGGGUGGUUCCCCCACAGGAAGAAAUUUUAAAAAGUUUUACUAUCUUUAGAUAAAGUGGUGAUGUUAUCAUGCUUAAGUUUUGUGCAAUGUAAAUGACUUUGGCUUAAGUAUAUGAAGAAAAAAUAUGUUUAAAUCUGUUGAAAUAAUUGUUUAGAAACUUUAAGCUAAUAUUUUAUUGGAUCAAGGUCUUCUGGGCUCCAGACAGAAAAACAUUAGGCUUUAGAAAAGACUAUGAGGCAAUAUAUGAAGAUACAUAACUCAUGAAUGUGAGCACUGCCACUGGUAGUCUGAGUUCCUUACUGUAGCAGUUAACAGGGCAACAAAGAGGGUGGUGAGUGAGUGCACACCAGUGCUGGCAGUGACUUUGAUGAUUUGGACCAUUGACUGUAACACAGACGCAGCCAAGAUAAGAUCCACACGUGCAUUAUUAACAAGGAAGUGAUUUGCUGCACCUUGUGUAAAGAGAAAAGUCUAAGCAUAGAAAAGUCUUAAAAUAGAGCUAAUUAAACACCACAGUGGUCAGCAAAGACAUAAUGAUUUGGUUGUUGUUUGUUUCCAUCCGGUGUGGGUUCAUUUAGCUUUUACCUAGUUUGAGGGAUGACUAAUUGCUGGUUCUCUUUUGCAUGCGUUCAAGGACCUGAGAAUGAACAUAACUGGUGAUCCAUUCUUACAAUGCCUGUCACUCUUGCCCUACUCAUCAUAUAUCCACCAUUAUGUGAAGUAGCUUCAGACAAUCAACAGACACAAAUAAAACCCUGAAUCAUAUAAUAAUCCAAAGAUGACUAAUUUUUUUAAGUAGGCUCCAUGCUGGGAAAACAGAACUCAUGGCCCUGAGAUCAAGAUCUGAGCUGAAAUCAAGAGUCAGGUGUGUAACUGACUGAGCCACCCAGGUGCCCCCAAAGAUGACUAUUUUAAAAGAAGGUAUUUAAAAAGGAGGCUGUAGGGGUCCCUGGCUGGCUCACUUGGUGAUGCACGUGACUCUUAAUCUCGGGGUUGUGAGUUCAAACCCGAUGCUGGGUGUAGAGAUUACUUAAAGUUAAAAUCCUUACCAAAAAAUUAAAUAAAAAUUAAAAAGAGGCUUCAUAAAAUUAUUAUACUUAGCAUUUUGAAAAUGUUUUUGGGAUAACUAUGUGAAUUUCAAGUAGCAAGUUUGAAAGGACACUGGUAAUUUUACUGUAUGUAAAUUUUUAAUUUUUGAGUAAGAAGAUUAUUAGAAUUCUGCAAUAGAGCUAUACCAAUGGUCAGUUCAACAACAGCAAUGUAUUUUUUUUAUUCAUAUUAAGUCACUCUCAUAGGGCAAGAGAGUUCUUCAAAAACUAUGUCUUUCCAAGACCAAUUGUUUGCAGAUAAUCUUCAGUGACCUGAAAACAUACAUUUCUGAGAAAUCAGUACUUUAAGAAAAUUUGAUCUCUACUCACUGUAUUCACUGAUUCUAAUGUAAUGCUGUUCUCUGGAAAAUAUUUUAUUUACAAGAAAUAAUAAAAUGUGAUGAUUUAU